AUGAGCGUGCGGUGCAGCGUACGAGCGGGCGGUGCAGCGUAUGAGCGGGCGGUGCAGCGUACGAGCGGGCGGUGCAGCGUACGAGCGGGCGGUGCAGCGUACGAGCGGGCGGUGCAGCGUACGAGCGGGCGGUGCAGCGUACGAGCGGGCGGUGCAGCGUACGAGCGGGCGGUGCAGCGUACGAGCGGGCGGUGCAGCGUACGAGCGUGCGGUGCAGCGUACGAGCGUGCGGUGCAGCUUAUGAGGCGGGCGGUGCAGCGUACGAGCGUGCGGUGCAGCGUACGAGCGGGCGGUGCAGCGUACGAGCGGGCGGUGCAGCGUACGAGCGGGCGGUGCAGCGUACGAGCGGGCGGUGCAGCGUACGAGCGGGCGGUGCAGCGUACGAGCGGGCGGUGCAGCGUGCGAGCGGGCGGUGCAGCGUACGAGCGGGCGGUGCAGCGUACGAGCGUGCGGUGCAGCGUGUGA